AUGACAUUGUCGCGUCACACAGGAGAAACUGUCCGACAGUUUUCUAAAGGCCAAAGUGUGAUGGUACGCGAUUAUCGUUCGUCAGACAGGAAGUGGAUUCCUGCAUCUAUCCACACCAAAACAGGACCUCUGUCCUACACUAUUGACACUGGAACAGGAACUCUAUGGAGACGUCAUACAGACCAGCUUCGUGCUUGUACUGUUAAACCAUCAGAGACGGAUGUCACUACAAUAAACUUACCGGAACCGGAAGUCGGUCCUAUUACACCGGAAGUAUCAUCGACUCAUCAGUCAUCUGAUAAAGCAACUAUUUCUGACGGGAAGGAGGAAGUGGUACCUGUGAUGCCUACACCUAAGCAAAAACAGACAAUCAUUUCCAAAUCAUCCCCAUGUGUAAGUGUUGCUCCACGACGCUAUCCAAAGAGAGAACAUUCACGAGCUCCAGUGAAAUUGAACCUUUAA